GAGGUGAUGCUUGCCAUGCAUAGUGACGGGAAGGAGAGGACUGGAGGCUUGGAGGGGGACAAGGUGGCUGUGCCUCACCAGAGCGUACUAACAGAAGCCCCCCUUCCUUUCCCGAAGGCCGGGAAGAAGUGUCUGGCUGUGUACCAGCCGGAGGAGCCCACAAACUUCACCCUCGCGGGCUGUGUCAGCACUCACACCUACCGACCCAAGUACUGUGGUGUCUGCACUGACAACAGGUGCUGUAUCCCCUACAAGUCCAAGACUAUCAGCGUCAAUUUCCAGUGUCCAGAGGGUCCAGGCUUCUCCCGUCAGGUCCUGUGGAUCAACGCUUGCUUCUGCAACCUGAGCUGUAGGAAUCCAAACGAUAUCUUUGCUGACUUGCAGUCCUACCCUGACUUCUCAGAGAUUGCCAAUUAGCUAGGUGUGUGGCUCGGGGCAAAGCUCCAUGUUUGCAGAGCAGUCAGCCCUCUGAGGCCCAGGACUUCACAGUUGAGCCUUAUUCCAGCCCCUCCUACUCAGUUCCGAAUUCCCUGAUCCUGACUCUCAGUUUCUGUUCCUACUCCGACCAUCCCAAUGGCCCAGGAGAAUGCUGCUCAGGGUUGGACAAGGCAUCCUUCCUAGGGGAUAUUCUAAAUCACUCCAAAGAAAUAAACAUCUCAGACUGUUCAAGAUGAAUCUCAAGCCUGACUAGGCCUGUCUGGCUCCAGCCUGCUCAAGUUGUCAGAGAUCCUGAUGGAGCUGCAUAAGGGAUGGAAUCCAUUGAAAAGCCAGUAUCACAGACCCCUUCUUCAGAUGCCAAACCUGCUGAUGCUGGGGUCCUCUCAGGCAGAUGGAUGGGGCCGGGGACACAGGAAUAAGCUAUUAUUUGGGCCUUGCUAAAUGAUACUAUCAUGGGCAUGCAUUUCUGCCCACAACACACCAAAAGUGCUCUCAUUCCAAAGAUCUUUGUACCAUGAAGUCACCAAACACUUUCCAGGUGAGGUCAAUGGUGGUGCCAUUUUUUCUUUGCAAUAGAAAAUCAUUUCCAUUAA